UUUUGUUUCUAUAUAGUUUUUAUUUUUUAAACGAAAUUUUGCAAGAUGAGAUGUUUGAUUGUUACGGAAUGGACUGGUUUUCAGUCAACUCGAGUUUCUAGAUUUAGAUUAUUGUUUAUACGAUUUAAAUCGUCUGCAACAAAUUCUAAAGUAGAUAUGUUUCCAAGAGAUUCACAAAACUCAUUAUCAUGGAAUGAAUUUUUAUAUUUACGUCGUCAAAAUUUACGAUCUGGCUUGAUUGCUUCUAUUCCUUCGUCUUUUAUUGGUUUUUCCUUAGGAUAUUUUUAUUUUGCUACAAUUCAAGUCGAUCCUACGCAGACAAUUUUUGGAAUAGAUCCUUUUGUAGUAUAUUUGUUAGCGACAUUAGCUUCUGGGGGAGCUGGCUGGCUACUUGGUCGGCCUAUAGGCAUUGCAUUAUGGAAAAGUUUUCAUUUUAAAAGAAAUAAAUUAGUUCAAGAGAAAGAGCGUGACUUUUUUUUGCACAUUCAAAAAAACAGAGUAGAUCCUAGAUAUCAGUCUAUAAAUAAUCCAGUUCCUGAUUAUUAUGGAGAAAAGAUUGGUUCACUAUCUGAUUAUAGAAGAUGGUUAAGAGAUUGUAGAGUUUAUAGGAAAAAGGCACCAAUUGAAUAAAUACGGCCAAUAUAAUGUUUAUACUAUCCGAUUCCUUAUAUAUUUA